CCAGAGGCGGGUCAGAGAAGCGGCCGGUGCAGGCGACGCCUUGGAACCGAGGGUGGCGACCGCAGCCACAGGUGCGGCGUCCCUAGCUCCAGGCAUUAACCCCCCCACGCCCUACCCCCGCGGCGCUAGAAACUGAGGCUUCCAAGCUGCCCCCAACACUGGACAUCGAGGCCUCCGGGCCGGGGGGCGGAGCCCUGGGGUCGUCUGACGCGCAGGGCCAAGAGGCCCCCGGGCCAGACAGCGAAGACCCGGAGCCUGCGGCUGGGCGGGACCCCGAGGACCCCAGGCCGGGCGGCGAGGCCCCCGGGCCCUCCGCACAGCAGGGCGUGGAGACCCCGGAGCAAGAGAGCGAAGGCCGCGGGGUAGCGGCGCAGUCGGACGCAGAACACCCGGGGCCGCCUGCACCUGUGGGUUCGGGGAGUCCCGGGCCAGACAGCGAAGACCCCGGGCUGUCCGAGGAGCGAAGGGCAGAGGUGUCGAGGCAGUGUCCACCUCCGCGCCCCGAGACCUCCGCCUCUGGGUCGGGCCUGGAAGCCCCGCAACGGUCUCCAGAGGAGGAGCAGCCGCUCAUGGAGACGCCCAUUGAACGCGAAAUCCGCCGCAGUUGCGAACGCGAGGAGAGCUUGCGCCGCAGCCGGGGUCUGAGCCCGGGCCGCGCCGGCCAGGAACUGGUGGAGCUGCGCGUGCGGCCGGUGCUCAGCGUGCCCGGCCCGGGCCCCACGCUCCCGCGCGCCCUGGAGCGCGCGCGGGCGGGCGCGCAGAUGCAGCGAGACAUCGAGCGCGAAGCUCACCGGCAGGCGGCGCUGGCGCGCCCCGCAACCCCGGAGCCGCCGCGCGCCCCGCAGCCGCCGCCGCCGCCGCCGCUGGGCGAGCUCAGACGCUUCUUCGAGGAGGCGGCGGCGGCGACGGCGGAGGGCGGCGCGGGCCCGCAGCCCGGAGGCCGGCCGCGAUCGGCCGCGCAGGGCCGGGGCCCCGUGCUGGCCCGCGCCCCGCCGCCUGUCGCGCCGUCGCUGCUGCAGCGGGAGUUGUGCGAGGUCCGCGCUCGCGAACUGGAGCUCCAGCGCCAACGGCGCAGCAUCUAUGGCACCGCCGAAGACGAAGAGCCGGCGCCGAGCCUCACCGGAGGAGCGCAAACCGUGAGGGUUUUACGCGAGCUGGGUCCCCUGGCCGGAAGUCCCGCAGGUGUCGGAGGACCUGGCUGGGGACGGUCCAGCCGUGCCCCGCAGAUCUGCAAGAGGGGUCAGCCAGGUGCGCUGGGGAAGGUGACCCUCUGGCCACCUGGCCGCCCGCACCAAGCCCCACCACGCCGGGAUGGGUACCGUGCAGCCCUCUGCCCCCUGAGCACGCAGACCCCGCUGACUUCUCUGCCUGCCUCUCCCCUUCGAUCCCUCCUCCGCUCAAUAAAGCCCCCUUGCUUUCUGGGCAGUGCAGCCUGAAUCUCUUCUGGGUCC